AUGGAAAACACAAACGCAUUGCUCAAUCACUCUUCUCAUUCUCUAAAACCCUUACUAGAUCAACUUCCUAAGCAAUGCUUUUGGGACGAUCUCGAUCUCCAUCAAUGGGAAGGUUUUUGGUAUCUACCCCGUCACUUAGAAGCUGCAAAAUCCAUCCAAGCACACUUUGAAGCACGUGAUGACGACGUCAUAUUGGUUUCUUCUAUUAAAACAGGCACAAAUUGGCUCAAAGCUCUUUGUUUCUCUAUCAUGCAACGCCAAACGGGCUCUAAUGAUGUAGAAGAAGAGGACCCUCUUGUCAAAAUCAUUCCUACCUUGUGCGUAAGAACCUUGGAGGCCCACGUUUACACACCAAACAAUCCAUCACCUAAUCUUUCAGGUAUGCCAUCUCCUAGACUAUUUCAUACUCACUUGUCUUAUAAUGCCUUGUCUGAUUCAAUUAAGAAUUCUGGGAGUAAGAUUGUUUACAUAACCCGGAACCCUAAGGACACUUUGGUGUCCAUGUGGCAUUUUUUUAAUUCCACGAGGACACCUGAACAAGGACCAUAUCCAUUUGAGAAGGCAUUUGAGGGCUUCUGUGAUGGGAUUCACCCUUUUGGGCCCUUCUUUGAUCAUGUGUUGGAGUAUUGGAUGGAGAGCUCAAAGAUGCCUCACAAGAUACUAUUCUUGAAGUAUGAAGAUCUUAAAAGUGACCCAAAAGGAGAGUUGAAAAGGCUGGCCUCAUUUCUUGGAAGGCCAUUUGUUGAGGAGGAGGAGGAGAUUGAUAAGUUGUUGUGGAGGUGUAGCUUGGAGAGGCUCAAGAACUUGGAGGUGAACAAGAAUGGUUCGGAUCCUGCGUCAGGAAUUUCAAGUAGUGCGUUUUUGCGGCUUGGUGUUGUUGGGGAUUGGAAGAACAACUUCACUACCGGGAUGAAAGAGCGCCUUGAUCAAAUUACUUCGAUGAAAUUAGAAGGGUCUGGCCUUCAACUCGAGACAUAAAAAUUUGGAGGAAUUUGAACUUGAAGCUUUAGUUAAUAGCCUUGAGGCAAAUAAACUACUUAGUUGUUGCUAUUUAUAAGAGCAGAAAGUGAAUAAAGAGUUGUUGCUUUAUGUAUAAUCCCUUUUAUUAUUAUUUUAUUUGUUUUUUUUUUCAAAUUAGUUGGAGAGGGACUCAAAUACGGGUACACGUGCUCGAAGAGCUGUGCGCUCGCUCUACCAAUUAGGUUACUGGAUAAUCUCUUAUAUAUAAUCCAUUAGAUUGGCAUCCUUGUUUUGUAAUUUGA